AUGAGAGGAGACCCGACUGCUGCUACUGCUCCUACUAGAAGAGACCCGACUGCUGCUACUGCUCCUACUAGAGGAGACCCAACUGCUGCUAAUGUUCUUACAAAAGGAGACCCGACUGCUGCGACUGCUACUAUAAGUAGGAACCCGACAGCUGCUACUGCUCCUACUAGAGGACACCCUAUUGCUGCUAAUGCUCUGACAAAAGUAGACCCGACUGCUGAAAUUCCUCCUCGUGGAAGAGACCCGACUGCUGCUACUGCUCCUCCUAGAGGAGACUCGACUGCUGCUACUGCUCCUACUAGAGAAGACCCGACUGUUGAUACUGUUCCUACUAGGACAGACCCAAUUACUGCAACUGAUCCUACUAGAGAAGACCCGACUACUGCUAAUGCUCUGACAAAAGGAGGUCCGAUUGUUGCAACUCCUCCUUAUAGAAGAAAACCGAUUGCUGCUACUGCUCCUACUAGUGAAGACCCAACUAGUACUGUAUCACCUACGAAGCGAGCGACUAUCACUAGCGAAGACCCGACUACUACUCAUCCACCUACUAUUACUACUAGCACUGUUCCUCCUACUAGCGAAUACUCAACUACUAGCACACUUCCAGAUACUAGUGAAGACCCGAUUAUGAGCACUAAUCCAGCUACUAGCAGAGACUCAAGUGCCACUGUUUCAUCUAUUAGCAAAGACCCGACUAGCACUGUCCCUCUUAUUAUAGAAGACCCGACUAUGAGCGCUAAUCCAUCUACUAGCGGAGACUCGACUGCCACUGUUUCAUGUAUUAGCGAAGACCCGACUAGCAUUGUUCCACAUAUUAGUGAAAACCCGUCUAUGAGCGCUAAUCCAUCUACUAGUGGAGACUCAACUGCCACUGUUUCAUCUAUUAGCGCAGACCCGACUAGCACUGUUCCACAUAUUAGAGUAGACCCAAUUAAGAGCACUAAUCCAUCUACUAGCGGAGACUCACCUGCCACUGUUUCAUCUAUUGGCGAAAACCCGACUAGCACUGUUCCACAUAUUAGUGAAGACCCGACUAUGAGCACUAAUCCGUCUACAAGUGGAGACUCAACUGCCACUGUUUCAUCUCUUAGCGAAGACUCGACUAGCACUGUUCCACGUAUUAGUGUAGACGCAACUAUGAGCAAUAAUCCAUCUACUAGCGGAGACUCAACUACCACUGUUUCAUCUAUUAGCAAAGACCCGACUAGCACUGUUCCACUUAUUAGUGAAGAUCCGACUAUGAGCACUAAUCAAUCUACUACCGGAGACUCGACUGCCACUGUUUCAUCUAUUAGCGAAGACCUGACUAGCACUGUUUCACAUGUUAGUGAAGACCCGACUAUGAGCUAA